UGAGUGACGAAGCAUUAGCCGCACAGUAACUGCUCGUACUUACAAGUCUCAGAGCCGCCUUCCUUUAUUCUCUUCUUAUAACGGAGCAUCAACCAGCAACAAUACCUUGAGUUCUUUACCACCCGCUCACUCAUUCAUUCGUUCUUUCAACUCUACUUGCAAGCCAAGAUGAUGUUUAUUUUCCGCUCGACGUUUAUUACCGCUGUAUCAGCGUUCAUGAUAACGCUCAGCUUGUUUUCAAUGUCUGCCUCUGCUGUACCACAAUUCGGUCGUCCUAUGCUGCAUGUAUUGGAUGCCAGCGCAACCUCUUCUGGGCCAGUUGAGGCGGUUCCCACGUCAGCAGCUAUUAGUACGGGCACAGACCCGGAUCCUGGUAUCCAGGUCAACGAAGCAGCCUCAUCAUCAUAUACGUCGAGUACAACUACGACGACGCCGGCUGCUAGCAGUACCAGUACGAGCGGCGCGUCGAGGAGUCUAUGUGGUGGUAUGAGCGUUAUACUAGGUGUCGUCGUGAGCGGGGUGUGGUUGGUGUUUUGAGCUGUGCAGUGGUUGAUGUUGGUUGGCGUUGAGCCAACGAGGACUUAGUCGGAUUUCACAUAAGAGACAUUAUCUAUUUCUGACAUAUAAUAGUGCUAUCUACGUGGCUUUCGUCAUCAUUAUCGUUAUUAUGAGUAAGCCUAUUGCCAUAGAAGACUUCAACGGGUGGAGUGUCAUUACUGCUGGUUAUUUAUGUAUCACCAGUAUCUGCGUCUGUAGCUUUAGUAAUUGCUGUAUACAUUUAAUAAUCCACUGUAUGUCCAUCUCUGGUGACUUACACUGAUUACCUGUAUCCGUAAAUCCGCAAACCAACCAGG